CCAACGUAUCUCAGCAGCACACACAUACAGAAGCACUCUAGCUAAAAGUUUGUUGCACAGAGAGCAAUGGCUUCUCAGGCUUCCAAUGUUGUCCGCCCUAGCGACGCCGAGCUGCUGCAGGCACAAGCCGACCUAUGGCGGGUGAGCCUCUCCUACCUGACGCCCAUGUCACUGAGGUGCGCCGUCGAGCUCGGCAUCCCCACGGCGAUCCACCGCCACGGCGGGGCUGCCUCAGCCGCCGACCUGAUCACCGCGCUGUCCCUCCCUUCGACCAAGCUGCCGUUCCUCCGUCGCCUGCUGCGUCUCUUGGCCGUGGCGGGCGUGUUCACCGUCGACAAGACCACCGCCGAGGAUAGGUACUGCAUCAACCCCGUGUCCUACCUCCUGGUGGACGGCAUCCCUCAUGAGGUGCACAUCAACCACACCUCCCUGGUGCUCACCUGCACCUCGACGCGCUACCUCGACGCGGCGCUGGGGUUGGCAGAGUGGUUCAAGAAGGACGUGGUGACGCCGCCAUUCCAGGAGCUGCACGGGGCGGCUCUGUUCCAUGAGAGCAUGGAGAGCCUCGACCCGGAUUACCACAACAUGGCGAACGAAGCCUUGGACGCCCACGACAACUUUGGGAUUGAGAUCGCGCUGCGGGAGUUCAGGGACUUGUUUGAGGGGAUUCAGUCCAUGACUUACUGCUGCGGUACCUGUGGUGAUGACAAGUUUGCCAGGGCCAUUGUCCAGGCCUACCCGCACAUAAAAUGCACUGUGCUGGCACCUCCAAAGAUGAUUGCCAACAAACCGGCUGAUGGGGUGAUGAUAAACUAUGUUGAAGGUGACAUGUUCAGUUUCAUCCCACCUGCUCAAACUGUGAUGCUAAAGCUUGUGCUGCACCACUGGACUGAUGAGGACUGCGUGAACAUCCUGGCUGCAUGCCGGAAGGCGAUUCCUUCACGAGAGGAUGGCGGAAAAGUUAUCGUCGGUGACAUUGUGAUUGAUUACUCUGGGCCUAUGUUGGAAACUCACCUCUUAAUGGACAUUGGCAUGAUGACCAUGACAAAAGGACGCCAACGGGAUGAAAAUGAAUUUCGUGAGAUCUUCAUGAAAGCAGGGUUCAGCGACUAUAAGAUUUUAAAGAAAUUUGGAGCUCGUGUUGCCUUCGAAGUGUAUCCGUAAGAUUGCACCUGGACUUUUUAUAUAUUGUGGGUUUUGUGGCUUGGAUAUCCUAAAUAAAGAGGGUCUGCCUUAGAGUAUUCAUGGAUCACCGUGGACCUAAGCAGAUAAUCUUGGUUGCUUUCUUAAGAUUCUCGUGGAUCUUUCAUUUGGAAGAGUAUGGCAAAUAAUAUCCGCCAUCUAGAGUUGGCGUUGAAUUCUAUGUACUUUGUACCUGCUUUGUUAUUUUAAGUGCCAUAAUAUCCGGUAUCAUAUAAUAUAUUCUUGGUUAUAUAGCCUGUUCAUUUAAA